UUAGCUUUGCAAUGUCGGGACGGCAUUGAGCUCUGUGUUAAUGAUGGAGUAUGUGUUACCUACCACAAUGGCACAGGAUACUGCAAAUGUCCAGAGGGCUUCUUGGGAGAAUAUUGUCAACAUCGAGACCCCUGUGGGAAGAACCGCUGCCAGAAUGGUGGGACAUGCGUGGUCCAGGCCAUAUUGGGGAAGGCCACAUGCCAAUGUGCUCCGGGGUUCACAGGCGAGGACUGCCAGUACUCGACCACGCACCCCUGCUAUGCAUCUCCUUCCUGUCAGAAUGGAGGCACCUGCCAUGUGCUCAGCCAGGAUGAUUAUGAGUGCACCUGCCAAGUUGGUUUCACAGGUAAGCUGUGCCAAUGGACGGAUGCCUGCCUGUCUCAUCCCUGUGCAAAUGGAAGCACCUGUACCACCGUGGCCAACCAGUUCUCCUGCAAAUGCCUGCCAGGCUUCACAGGGCAGAAAUGCGAGACUGACAUCAAUGAGUGUGACAUUCCAGGACAAUGCCAGCAUGGUGGCACCUGCCUCAACCUCCCAGGCUCCUAUCAGUGCCAGUGCCCCCAGGGCUUCACCGGCCAGCACUGCGACAGCCCCUACGUGCCAUGUGCACCCUCGCCCUGUGUCAAUGGAGGCACCUGCCGGCAGACCGGCGACUUCACUUUUGAGUGCAACUGCCUUCCAGGUUUUGAAGGCAGCACCUGUGAGCGGAAUAUUGAUGACUGCCCCAACCACCGGUGUCAGAACGGAGGGGUUUGUGUGGAUGGGGUCAAUACCUACAACUGCCGCUGCCCCCCUCAGUGGACAGGACAGUUCUGCACGGAGGAUGUGGACGAGUGCCUGCUGCAGCCCAACGCCUGUCAGAACGGAGGCACCUGUACCAACCGCAACGGAGGCUACGGCUGCGUGUGUGUCAAUGGCUGGAGUGGAGACGACUGCAGUGAGAACAUCGACGACUGUGCCUUCGCCUCCUGCACGCCGGGCUCCACCUGCAUUGACCGCGUGGCCUCCUUCUCGUGCAUGUGCCCCGAGGGAAAGACAGGACUCUUGUGUCAUCUGGAUGAUGCAUGCAUCAGCAAUCCGUGCCACAAGGGGGCACUGUGUGACACCAACCCCCUGAACGGGCAGUAUAUCUGCACCUGCCCACAAGGCUACAAAGGGGCUGACUGCACAGAAGACGUGGAUGAGUGCACCAUGGCCAAUAGCAAUCCUUGUGAGCACGCAGGGAAAUGUGUGAACACAGACGGCGCCUUCCACUGCGAGUGUCUGAAGGGCUACGCGGGGCCUCGCUGCGAGAUGGACAUCAACGAGUGCCAUUCCGACCCCUGCCAGAACGACGCCACCUGUCUGGAUAAGAUCGGGGGCUUCACCUGCCUGUGCAUGCCAGGUUUCAAAGGUGUGCAUUGUGAGUUGGAGAUAAACGAAUGUCAGAGCAACCCGUGUGUGAACAAUGGGCAGUGUGUGGAUAAAGUCAAUCGCUUCCAGUGUCUGUGUCCCCCUGGCUUCACCGGGCCCGUUUGCCAGAUCGAUAUUGAUGACUGUUCCAGCACUCCGUGUCUGAACGGCGCCAAGUGCAUCGAUCACCCCAACGGCUAUGAGUGCCAGUGCGCCACGGGAUUCACGGGCGUGUUGUGUGAGGAGAACAUCGACAACUGUGACCCCGACCCCUGCCACCACGGCCAGUGUCAGGACGGGAUUGAUUCCUACACCUGCAUCUGCAACCCCGGGUACAUGGGCGCCAUCUGCAGCGACCAGAUAGACGAGUGUUACAGCAGCCCCUGCCUGAACGAGGGCCGCUGCAUCGACCUGGUGAACGGCUACCAGUGCAACUGCCAGCCCGGCACGUCGGGUGUUAAUUGUGAAAUCAAUUUUGAUGACUGUGCAAGUAACCCGUGUGUCCAUGGCGUCUGUAUGGAUGGAGUUAAUCGUUACAGUUGUGUCUGCUCACCAGGAUUCACAGGGCAGAGAUGUAACAUUGACAUUGAUGAGUGUGCCUCCAAUCCCUGUCGCAAGGGUGCAACAUGCAUCAACGAUGUGAAUGGUUUUCGCUGUAUAUGCCCCGAGGGGCCCCAUCACCCCAGCUGCUUCUCGCAGGUGAACGAGUGCCUGAGCAAUCCCUGCAUCCACGGGAACUGUACCGGGGGCCUCAGCGGAUACAAGUGCCUCUGUGAUGCAGGCUGGGUUGGCAUCAACUGUGAAGUGGACAAAAAUGAAUGCCUUUCCAAUCCAUGCCAGAAUGGAGGAACCUGUGACAACCUGGUGAAUGGAUACAGGUGUACUUGCAAGAAGGGCUUUAAAGGCUAUAACUGUCAGGUGAAUAUCAACGAAUGUGCUUCAAAUCCGUGCCUGAACCAAGGAACCUGCCUUGAUGACAUAAGUGGCUACACCUGCCGCUGCGUGCUACCCUACACAGGCAAGAACUGUCAGACGGUGCUGGCUCCCUGUUCUCCAAACCCUUGUGAGAAUGCUGCUGUGUGCAGAGAGGCGCCCAAUUUCGAGAGUUACACCUGCCUGUGUGCCCCUGGCUGGCAAGGUCAGCGGUGUACCAUUGACAUUGACGAGUGUGUCUCCAAGCCCUGCCUGAACCGUGGCCUCUGCCAUAACACCCAGGGCAGCUACAUGUGCGAGUGUCCUCCGGGCUUCAGCGGUAUGGACUGUGAGGAGGACAUCGAUGACUGCCUCGCCAAUCCUUGCCAGAAUGGAGGCUCCUGUGUCGAUGGAGUGAAUACGUUCUCCUGCCUGUGCCUUGCGGGCUUCACCGGGGACAAGUGCCAGACAGACAUUAACGAGUGUCUGAGCGAACCCUGUAAGAACGGAGGGACCUGCUCCGACUACGUCAACAGCUACACGUGCAAGUGCCCGGCGGGAUUUGACGGAGUCCACUGCGAGAACAACAUCGACGAGUGCACCGAGAGCUCCUGUUUCAACGGGGGCACGUGUGUCGACGGAAUUAACUCCUUCUCUUGCUUGUGCCCUGUGGGCUUCACUGGCCUAUACUGCCUCCAAGAGAUCAAUGAAUGCAACUCUCAUCCGUGCCUGAAUGAAGGAAUAUGUGUGGAUGGCCUGGGUACCUACCGCUGCACCUGCCCCUUGGGCUACACUGGGAAAAACUGUCAGACGCUGGUGAACCUCUGCAGUCGGUCUCCAUGUAAAAACAAAGGCACCUGCAUUCAGGAGAAAGCGCACUCCUGGUGCCUGUGUCCACCUGGGUGGGCUGGUGCCUACUGCGACGUGCCCAAUGUCUCCUGUGAGGUGGCGGCCAAGGGAAGAGGGGUGACCCCCGACCGCUUGUGCCAGCACUCGGGCGUCUGCAUCAAUGCCGGCAACUCGCACCACUGCCAGUGCCCCCUGGGCUACACCGGGAGCUACUGCGAGCAGCAGCUGGACGAGUGUGCAUCCAAUCCCUGCCAGCACGGAGCCACCUGCAGGGACUUCAUUGGUGGAUACCGAUGUGAGUGCAUCCCAGGAUACCAGGGUGUCAACUGCGAGUACGAGGUGGAUGAGUGCCAGAACCAGCCAUGCCAGAACGGGGGCACCUGUGUCGACCUGGUGAACCAUUUCAAGUGCUCCUGCCCGCCAGGCACCCGCGGCCUGCUUUGUGAGGAGAACAUUGACGACUGUGCCAGGGGACCCCACUGCCUCAACGGUGGGCAGUGUGUGGAUAAGAUCGGGGGCUACAGCUGCGGAGAGCGGUGUGAGGGAGACAUCAACGAGUGCCUGUCCAACCCCUGCAGCUCGGAGGGCAGCCUGGACUGCGUACAGCUCACCAACGACUACAUGUGCGUCUGCCGCAGCGCCUUCACAGGUCGUCACUGUGAAACUUUCGUCGAUGUGUGUCCCCAGAUGCCUUGCUUGAAUGGAGGGACUUGUGCCGUGGCCAGCAACAUGCCUGAUGGUUUCAUUUGUCGUUGUCCCCCGGGGUUCUCCGGGGCGAGAUGCCAGAGCAGCUGUGGACACGUGAAGUGUAGGCGAGGGGAGCAGUGUGUCCACACGCCCUCAGGGCCCCGCUGCUUCUGCCCCAACCCCCAGGAGUGCGAGCUGGGCUGUGCCAGCAGCCCCUGCCAGCACGGGGGGAGCUGCCUCCCGCAGCGCCAGCCCCCGUAUUACUCCUGCCAGUGCCCUCCGCCGUUCCGGGGCAGCCGCUGUGAGCUCCACGCGGCCCCCACCAGCACCCCACCUGCCACCUGUCACAGCCAGUACUGUGCCGACAAAGCUCGGGACGGCGUCUGCGAUGAGGCCUGCAACAGCCACGCCUGCCAGUGGGACGGGGGUGACUGCUCCCUCACCAUGGAGAACCCCUGGGCCAACUGCUCCUCCCCACUGCCCUGCUGGGACUACAUCAACAACCAGUGCGACGAGCUGUGCAACACGGCCGAGUGCCUGUUCGACAACUUCGAGUGCCAGGGGAACAGCAAGACGUGCAAGUACGACAAGUACUGCGCAGACCACUUCAGGGACGACCACUGCGACCAGGGCUGCAACAGCGAGGAGUGCGGCUGGGACGGGCUGGACUGCGCUGCUGACCGGCCGGAGAACCUGGCCGAGGGGACCCUGGUGAUCGUGGUGCUGAUGCCCCCCGAGCAGCUGCUGCAGGAUGCGCGCAGCUUCCUGCGGGCCCUGGGCACCCUGCUGCACACCAACCUGCGCAUCAAGCGGGACCCCCAGGGGCACCUCAUGGUCUACCCCUACUACGGCGAGAAGCCGGCUGCCCUGAAGAAGCAGAGGCUGGCACGCAGGUCCCUUCCUGAGGAUCCAGACCAGGAGGUGGCUGGCUCUAAGGUAUUUCUGGAAAUCGACAACCGCCAGUGUGUUCAAGAUUCAGACCAGUGCUUCAAGACCACGGACGCAGCUGCAGCUCUUCUGGCCUCUCACGCCAUCCAGGGCACCCUGUCCUACCCGCUGGUCUCUGUCGUCAGUGAAUCCCUGGGUCCCAAACGCACCCAGCUGCUCUAUCUCCUUGCCGUCGCUGUUGUCAUCAUCCUGUUCCUUCUGCUGCUGGUGGUCAUCAUGGCAAAACGGAAGCGUAAGCACGGCUCCCUCUGGCUGCCCGAAGGCUUCACCCUUCGCCGGGAGUCCAGCAAUCACAAGCGUCGCGAGCCGGUGGGACAGGAUGCCGUGGGGCUGAAGAAUCUCUCCACGCAAGUCUCAGAGGCUAACCUGAUAGGUUCUGGAACAAGUGAGCAUUGGGUCGACGAUGAAGGGCCCCAGCCAAAGAAAGCCAAGGCUGAAGCCGAGGCUUUGCUCUCAGAAGACGACCCCAUCGAUCGACGCCCAUGGACACAGCAGCACCUCGAGGCCGCAGACAUCCGCAGGACCCCGUCGCUGGCCCUCACGCCCCCGCAGGCAGAGCAGGAGGUGGACGUGCUGGACGUGAACGUCCGGGGCCCAGAUGGGUGCACCCCGCUGAUGCUGGCUUCCCUCCGAGGAGGCAGCUCAGACAUGAGUGAGGAAGAUGAGGACGCAGAGGACUCGUCUGCCAACAUCAUCACAGACUUGGUCUACCAGGGGGCCAGCCUGCAGGCCCAGACAGACCGGACCGGCGAGAUGGCCCUGCACCUGGCCGCACGCUACUCGAGGGCAGAUGCCGCCAAGCGUCUCCUGGACGCAGGUGCAGACGCCAACGCCCAGGACAACAUGGGCCGCUGCCCUCUCCAUGCUGCAGUGGCAGCUGAUGCCCAAGGUGUUUUCCAGAUCCUGAUCCGCAACCGAGUGACCGACCUGGAUGCCAGGAUGAAUGACGGCACCACACCCCUGAUCCUGGCUGCGCGCCUGGCUGUGGAGGGGAUGGUGGCGGAGCUGAUCAACUGCCAAGCAGACGUGAACGCGGUGGACGACCACGGAAAAUCUGCUCUUCACUGGGCAGCAGCUGUCAACAACGUGGAGGCGACGCUUUUGCUGCUGAAAAAUGGGGCCAACCGAGACAUGCAGGACAACAAGGAGGAGACGCCGCUGUUCCUUGCUGCCCGGGAGGGGAGCUAUGAGGCCGCCAAGAUCCUCUUAGACCAUUUUGCCAACCGGGACAUCACAGACCACAUGGACCGCCUGCCCCGGGACGUGGCUCGGGAGCGCAUGCACCACGACAUCGUGCGCCUGCUGGACGAGUACAACGUGGCGCCGAGCCCUCCGGGCUCCGUGCUGACCUCCGCCCUCUCCCCCGUCAUCUGCGGGCCCAACCGGUCCUUCCUCAGCCUCAAACACACUCCGAUGGGCAAGAAGCCCAGACGGCCCAACGCCAAGAGCGCCGUGCCCACCAGCCUCCCUAACCUGGCCAAGGAGGCCAAGGAGGCCAAGGGUGGCAGGAGGAAGAAGUCGCUGAGUGACAAGGCCCAGCUGUCGGAGAGCUCCGUGACUCUGUCCCCCGUCGAUUCCCUCGAGUCCCCUCACACCUACGUUUCCGACACCACCUCCUCCCCAAUGAUCACAUCCCCUGGCCUCCUACAGGCCUCGCCCAACCCCAUGCUGGCCGCGGCCGCGGCCCCCGCCCCCGUCCACGCGCAGCAUGCACUGUCCUUCUCUAACCUCCGUGAGAUCCAGCCUUUGGCCCACGGGCCUGGCACUGUGCUUCCCUCGGUGAGCCAGCUGCUGUCCCACCACCACAUGGUGCCUCCAGGCAGCGGCAGUGCGGGGAGCGUGGGUAGGCUGCAUCCGGUCCCUGUCCCGGCAGACUGGAUGAACCGCAUGGAGAUGAAUGAGAGCCAGUACAACGAGAUGUUUGGUAUGGUACUGGCACCAGCUGAGGGCACCCCUCCUGGCAUAGCUCCUCAGAGCAGGCCGCCGGAAGGGAAGCAUAUGACCGCCCCCCGGGAGCCCUUGCCCCCCAUCGUGACUUUCCAGCUAAUCCCCAAAGGCGGGAUUGCCCAACCCGCCGGGGCGCCCCAGCCUCAGUCCAGCUGCCCUCCGGCUGCUGCAGGCCCCAUGCCCACCAUGUACCAGAUUCCAGAAAUGGCUCGUUUGCCCAGCAUGGCGUUCCCCGCUGCCGUGAUGCCCCAGCAGGACGGGCAGGUCGUUCAGACCAUCCUCCCCACCUACCACCCUUUCCCAGCCUCGGUGGGCAAGUACCCCACGCCCCCUUCACAGCAUAGUUACGCUUCCUCCAAUGCGGCCGAGCGAACGCCCAGCCACAGUGGUCACCUGCAGGGGGAGCAUCCCUACCUGACCCCAUCCCCAGAGUCUCCUGACCAGUGGUCAAGUUCGUCACCCCACUCUGCUUCUGACUGGUCAGACGUGACCACCAGCCCCACUCCCGGGGGCGCCGGAGGAGGUCCGCGGGGACCGGGGACACACAUGUCUGAGCCAGCACGCAGCAACAUGCAGGUUUACGCGUGAAAGCCUGCCUCCGGUGCAGGCACAGAACUGCCUAUUGUAAAUGCUGCUGAGGACAAAUGAAGGUCAUCCGGGAGAGAAAUGAAGAAAUCUCUGGGACCAGCUUCUGGAGGCAGAAGAGAGGAGACGCUCUUACCUUUCAGCUACUGCAAGGAAAGCAGUCCCAUCAGCGUCAGCGGGUGUCUGCAGGGCUCUGGGAGGGAGCGAUACGCCUCCUAAUCUCUUGCCCAUCAAGCCAAGUGGAAAUGCAAGAUGAAUACGAGACUUGGGACCAUGUUUACCCUCUUUUACUUGGAGAAUGGACGGAUGCCUGUUGUAGCUCAGACAUUCUUGCAGCUGGGACUGCGCUGUACGCCCUGGGGGCUCCUGCCCUGUCCAUGAGAAGAUUCCACGGGGAAUUAUCCCUGGAAUUCUAGCCGGACUGACCUGUCUCAUCCUCUCAGCCGUGGCAAUUCUUCGGACUGUUUGGUGCUUUGAGUUUUGCACCUGUCUGUGUUCGCAGCCACAUCAGCACGGUACCGGCCCGGCCUCUGUGCCUUUAACCAUUCCUGGUCUGGAACGUAACUUUCACUGCCUUUUCCCUCCGUGUUCGCAGCCACACCAGCAAGAUACAGGCCCGGCCUCUGUGCCUUUAACCAUUCCUGCUCUGGAACGUAACUUUCACUGCCUUUUCCCUCCCGUUUUCCACUCUCCCUGGGGGUCUCCCGGGGUGGCUUUGGUUAUGGUUCUCAGCAUAAACCUUCCUGUUUCUUUAGAAAACGGACAUUCGGCAUCCUGACAGCAUUCCUGGAAGAGGAGCAAAAUAUUUUUCUUUGAACCCCGUUUUGGGACAGGAGAUCCCUUCAGGAUGCUCCUAAGCUCCCUGGCCUGCAUGCAGGGCUCCAUGGAAACCUUACGGGAGAGAGGGUGAGAGUCCGUCUUUCUGUUCGUGGCCUAGUCAGCGUGCAGUUUUACCCUUGGCAGUUGGGUACUAUGACCCUUGGAAAAAAAAAAACCCACCAGGACUCAGAAUGUUGGAAUGACCAAGAGACAAACUCACUGAUGCAAGAAGGGUUCCCACUGGCUGGUGGCUUCCCUCCCUGCCCAGCAGCGCACUGACUCCGUGGGAAGCCUGUGCGCGCCUCCCCGCCGGCAGAGCCCUCGGGGGCUCCCCUCACUCACCCAGCAGACAAAGCUGUCUGUGUAUCGGGCCUUUCCUUCCAUUCGUCCUCACAGAAGAAAAUCUCUCAGACGACAUUCUCUCACCUUCUAGAAUGGAACUGGCCUCGGCUCCGGGCAGCCCAUGGCAGCCGUCUUCCCUUCGUUUCCUGAUUCUCUUUCUGAUCACAGGCCCAUUCACCAGUCUUCCUUCCGCACAGGGCGGGGCUGAGUUACUGGUGCCCCCAGUAGGUUCUCACCGAACAUGGAUUUAUUUUCAAGGGCAGGAAAUGGAGCCUUGGCCUCGCUCUCUAGGGUCAAGGCCAGUCCCUUGGAAAGGGAGGAACGACGAGGCAGCCCUUGCUACUUCUUGCCACCAUUCCAUUUCCUUUGAAGCAGUCAUGGCAUCUCCUUGUAGGUAACUAACAAGCUUAUCAGGGACAUUUUUCUUUCCUAGCGUCACCGUCUAGAUGACAAUGGACAGUUACAGACUCACUGUCCUCGACACCCUCGUGUUCAGUGUGGAAAUGCAUCUCACCUAAGUCUGCUCUUUGUAUUUGUGGUCUUGGCAGCUUGCAUGACCCUGGGUCAGGGGCAGGAGUGUUCUAGGUAACACCAGAAGUAGGAAGCUAAAGAAUAGUCCCCCCCGCCCCCUUCUCCCUGAGUCGGCAAAUAAUUGUCACAUCGACCUGGUGCUAUGCUGUCAUGGCACCGGGGAGAUCAGUUCCCCGGAGCAGGUGGUAGACAUUAGUAGGGGCGUUGCCUGCUCUGUUUUGGGGUGAAUAACAGUCUUCAUUCCUGCCGUGGCUGAGUGUCCACCAGGGCCUCCCACUUACUUGCUUUAUCUGCCUGUGGCCCCGUACAGAGGAGCCCAGUGUGUCUGUUAGCAGGGAAGUCUACAAAGGAUGCUUUUCAGUCCUGCCCAAGUUCAUGAGCCAAGAAAAAGAAUGAGUUCUGCUCUAAUAUAAGCAGAUUGUCUAUUCGUUCUGCAUUUUACUCUCUCAGGUGGCAACUCUACCAGCCCCUUUCAUCGUGUGUAACAUUCUGUCGCUCUAACUGCUGACUCUGUCGUUGGCCGCAUUUGUUAAUUCACAGGUGGGCGGGGGGGUCACCUGUCUGACUCACCAUGGAGCCCCGCGCCGGCCCCGCUUACCGAAAGCAUCACCUCUGAUCCAGCAGCUUGAAUCUUUGAUAACCUCCCUCCCCCAGCACUGCAGGCCUCGCUCGCUUGCUUCUCCGUGCAGCCCUUAGGGUUUCGGGGAAGGAACGAGAAAGCUGCCGUCACAGACCACAGGCUCCGCCUUUCAGGCCCUGGUCGGUCUCUGAGAUUAUAAGGACCCUUGAGUUGUAUCCUAUCUCAUAGAAGAGACGGUGAGUUGGAGACUCACCUUCUCGUUUGGUUCUGAAUGGCAGACGAACUUGUAAGGGGACAGAGCUUUUAUACCAUGUAUAGGUCAACCCCCCACUUUUGGUUUAUUUUUAUAAAUUCUUCCUUUGAUUCUUCUGUCAUCCUCUGGGGAUAGAUUUUUUUAUUUGUUUAUUUCUUCUGUUUUGUGUGAAGCAUCAUUUGCUGACUUAACAUGAUGGUGAGGGAGGGAGGGGUUUGAGGGCAAGAGAAAGUCUUUAGUGUAAACCAUCAGCUAUGAUGCUCAAGUCCAUUAUGCCAUCUUACUAUUAAGUUUGGUAGCCCACAGUUCUUGCACAGAAAGGAACCAAAGGUGGAGUGUGCUGUCGGCAGGUGGCUUCAGGAAUUUGGCCUUGACCGAUAACAUUGAAUGCAUGAUGACCCUUUGAUUGGACGGUUCUAUGCCCCGAGGCUCCACCCCUAACUGUCUGGUACUAUGCUCCUUCCUUGUGUACAUUUCUCUGAAGGGUGAUACUAUAUGUUUGUAUGAGAAGGCCCAUAACCAAUAAGAUGACUGCAUAUUCCUAACUAGGCAUAGUAAGGAAAAUGCACACUUUGUUUUUACUUUUCAAAGUUUCAUUCUAAAAGUAGUUAAGAUGAAAUUUAUAUGAAAGCAUUUUUAUCACAAAAUAAAAGCAGUUACGUGUCAAACUCAA